CUCUCUCUCGCUCUCUCUCUCUAUGGCCACCUCGCUGCUCUGCCCUCUCUCAGCUCCAACCUCGUCGUCCAUCGUCGAGGACCCUCGAGCAUUUGGGAAAGUGGGUACUUCUCUUGGGAUUCAAAAGUCCCCUUUCCUUCACGGCACCAAGCUCUUCUAUGCUUUAAUCGUUCACCCAACUAGGAGAAGCACGGCUCGAAGAUGCUUUAUCUCCCCACUUGCCAAGUCCUUGGAACACAUCCCCAAGCACUUCAGGGAAGAAAAUAUCAAAGAUGGAUUGAUGGACAAUUACAAGAAUGCACCCCAAUAUCUCUACGGCCUUACUGCUUCACAAAUGGACAUGUUCAUGACGGAAGAUAAUCCCGUCCGACGACAGUCGGAAAGAGUUAAAGAGGAAAGCAUCUCUUCUGCCAAGAACUAUUUGGACCAUGGAGGGAUGUGGAGUCUAUCAGGCAUGGGUGAACAGGGUCCUUCAAAAUACAGUAUGAGCGUAAGCAUGUAUCGUGGAGGAGCCAGAGGAUAUGGAAGACCUAGAACUGCUCCUCCUGAUUUGCCUUCUUUGCUUUUAGAUGCUAGAAUAUGCUAUCUGGGCAUGCCUAUUGUGCCAGCAGUAACUGAGCUCCUUGUUGCUCAAUUUAUGUGGUUGGAUUAUGAUAACCCUUCAAAGCCUAUAUAUUUAUACAUAAAUUCAUCUGGGACACAGAAUGAGAAGAUGGAGACUGUUGGAUCAGAAACCGAGGCAUAUGCAAUAGCUGACAUGAUGGCUUACGUCAAAUCAGACGUCUAUACUGUAAAUUGUGGCAUGGCAUAUGGUCAAGCAGCAAUGCUUCUCUCGCUAGGAGCUAAGGGUUUUCGUGCUGUACAGCCAAAUUCCUCCACGAAGUUAUAUCUGCCAAAAGUAAACAGAUCAAGCGGGGCUGCCAUAGAUAUGUGGAUUAAGGCCAAAGAGCUGGAUGCAAACACUGAGUACUACAUUGAGCUAUUAGCAAAAGGAAUUGGGAAACCCAAGGAAGAAAUUGCUAGAGACAUCCAGCGACCAAAAUAUUUUCGAGCACAGGAAGCCAUUGAUUAUGGCAUUGCAGACAAGAUAAUCGACUCAAGGGAUAUUGCAUUUGAGAAGAGGAAUUAUGAUGAGAUGCUUUCUCAAUCAAGAGCUACGAGAAGAUCAGCUGGAGUUGGUCCGCAAGCUGCUCCCUCUGGAUUUAGGUAAAAUAAAGAGCAGUAGCAAAACAUAGCAUAAAGGUAGAAAGGAAAGGUUGAUGCUGGUAAUCAUCAAAAGCCUUGGGAGGAGCUGGCUUCAGUUGAGCCUCUAGCCAUGAUGCAAGAAUGGUAAAAUGGACCUUUUUGUGACCUCAGGAGUCUGGGCAAUUCUUCGUUAUUUUUUUAUUUUUAUUUUUUGAAAUGUUGCAUACGUGGUACCUUUUGACACAGAAUGUGUGAUGUUUAGUCACUUGCCCAA